AUGUUCAACACAUUGUGGCUAGCUAGGUUAGAUGCUGUUUUCUCUCACACAAUUACAAGAAGAAUAUUCAAUCCGAGCCUAAAGUCCUGCAGUGAGCGGGACCGAAAGGAUCUGUCCACCCUGGACCUCUUCACGCCCCUGUUAUUCUGGGACAGGAAUGACCCGGACACCCUGGAACACAUCAAACCAUGCUGGUACUGGGACAAGAAGGACUUAGCCCACACCCCGUCCCAGUCCGACGGGCUGGACCCUGCUACUGAUGCCCGGUACCGCAGAGAGGGGGCUCGCUACAUCUUUGAUGUGGGCACACGGCUCGGACUGCACUAUGACACACUGGCUACUGGGAUUGUUUACUUCCACCGCUUCUACAUGUUCCACUCCUUCAAGCAGUUUCCUAGAUAUGUGACGGGAGGAUGCUGUCUUUUCCUGGCAGGCAAAGUGGAGGAAACUCCAAAGAAGUGCAAAGACAUCAUCAAGACCGCUCGCAGCCUGCUAAAUGACAUCCAGUUUGCACAGUUUGGAGAUGAUCCCAAGGAGGAGGUGAUGGUGUUGGAGCGCAUUCUGCUGCAGACCAUCAAGUUCGACCUGCAGGUGGAGCACCCCUACCAGUUCCUGCUGCGCUAUGCCAAGCAGCUGAAAGGGGACAAAAACAAGGUGCAGAAGCUGGUUCAGAUGGCCUGGACCUUUGUGAACGACAGCCUGUGCACCAUGGUGGCCCUGCAGUGGGAGCCGCAGAUCAUCGCCGUGGCCGUUAUGUAUCUGGCUGGACGCCUCUCUAAGUUUGACGUCCAGGACUGGACCUCCAAGCAGUUGUCCCGGCGCUGGUGGGAGCAGUUUGUCCACGAUGUGCCUGUUGAGGUGCUUGAAGAUAUCUGCCACCAGAUCCUGGACCUGUAUUCUCAGGCCAAGCAGAACAUUCCUGAUGGAGGGAUAGGGACAGCUGGAACCCCCCCCCAGCUUUCCCUCCUAUCCCCCCCCUGCCCCACCGCAGGCCAAGAAGGCCUCCCCUCAGACCAGCCCCCGAUUACCAAGACCAGCCCAGACCAUAAACCCCCUUCCUCCUAUCCACCAGCCUCAGAUCUCUCAUCCAGACCACCCCCCCCACCUUUACCCCAUUGCCCACCACCACAUCAUCCUCCUCCCAUGGACCUCCCCACCUCCAGCUCCCUGCUGUCCAGUGAAGGCUAUCAGAAGCUCCAGUCCAUGAUGAGGACAGAGGCCUCCUGUUACACCACUGCCCCCCCGGCCUGUGGUCCACCACUGGGCUUCCACCACUUCCCCCCUGGCACCACCCCCUUCCACACCCCCCCACUCUCAGCCUAUAGCUACCUGCUGGCUCCUCCUCCCUCAGUCAUUGGGAUGGCACCUAUUUUAAAUAGUGGGUACCCCCCCCCACCAACAACUGCUGGACACAAUCAGCUGCCUCCUGGGAUGCCCCCAGUCAGUGGGCUGAGUCGGGGUACCUGGAUGAGAUGAGGAUCACUAAAAUCCCUGUAAAGGCAGCUUUAGUGAUAUGAAUGCUCUGUGUUAAACAAGACAUGGAGGAUUGUAAAAUACAUGUGUUGCUUUAGCUCUCUUUUUUGAACAUUAUGUCAUUACAUUCUGUCAUGUUUUAAUGUAGACAGUUUACACAUCUGUUUUAUCUUCUAAAAUGUCUAUAAUCGCCUGGUGUCCUAUUGACAUAUUUUGGAUGUUCAAUAGCACAAGACUUUCACUGUUAUCUUUCCAUACGCCUAAUUAAGAGAACGCAGUACUGUAACAACAGCUUUCCCCCUAUGUUCUGUCUGUAAACGGCUUUGCAUUUAACAACUGCCAAUUCAAUUCAAACAGAUUAGUUUCCUUUGUCAAAUAUCUUUCUACUGGUAUAUGAUGAAAAGGAAACUCUGGAAAAGAUAAUUUUUGUAAGGAUGUAAUGUUGUGAAUACAUAGGCACACUUUUUCGAAAAUGCUUCUAUUUAAACUUGUUUUUUGUUCAUAAUAAAAACCUGAAAAACCA